AUGGUGCGUAACUUGGCCGCAACCGGAUUUUCUGGGAUACUUAGCGAGCCUUCGAGCGAUAAGACACGACUCUCGGCCUAUCCAUGUCCUAUGACGGAGGAGUUGAGGCAGAUGCAGUUUUUGUUGCACACCAACCAAUUUGCCAUUUAUUUGAGGCGCCCAACUGAGAAGAUCGUCAUCUCAUUACAAGAGUGGCGCACAAAUACUAAUGCCCUAGUUGCAACGACCGCUGCAACGACCCCUGCUGCCCGGAAGGCCCUUCUGGCCUACCGAGCCGAUUUUGUCCAUUCUGUGCUUCAGGGAUUUUGGAAGCUUGGCGACUCCGACAGGGCUUGGAAGCAGUUACUCAGCCAACAGACCAUCGAGAAGUCCAAGAGUGGCUUUUUCCGAUUUGACGUGAAGUUUCCUGGUGCAGAACCCCAUUUGGAUGAUCUUUCGAAAAUGAAAGAAAUAGAGGAGGUAGCCCAAGAAACGAUGUUACAAUCUCCAGAGCUGAACGAUUUGGUCUCUCGCAUCCGUGCCGAGCUCUUCGUCUUCACGCUAGAUGGAGAUGCCAUCCCAUACCGAGCGGAUAACCAGUAUGAAUGCACAGGUAGCAUAUCCUGCCGAUUGCGGGCUAAUACGGCCGCGUUCGAUGCGCUGAUGACCCAGUUGAAUGAAGAAGCUGCUUUUUUGCAAAUCAACAAUGUCACACUACAGGGUAAUUUCUGGAAUGGCUCUUGCAGCGAUGCCAACGGCAAUUUCUGUAAGCAUGUGAAGAUUCGGGUCUCCAGGUUGGACGAGCCCUUCCAAGUUUGCUUACAUGAAGGCUCAGGGGGAGGAUGCCACAUAAGUGGCUCGCCAUUCACGAUUCAAAAAUUGGCUGAAAACCAGAAAUUAGGUGCAAGAUUUGGAACAAUCGACCACCGUAGAAGCGUGACAGAGGAUUCAAAUGAGGGCCGUCGUAAACGCCAACGAAUCAAAAAGUCUAGGCGGAAGUCCGAACGACAUGAGCCAGCACUGACUACGAAACAGACCUCAAGACCUAGAAUCCAUGACAAACACACAAUGGAUGAGAUCAGAGUACAGAAUUAUUUAAUCCACAAACGACCGUGCACACGCUCCAAAAAGCCAGUUGUCAAAACUGUGAGGUUCCAGCUCCCGGCAGAUUAUCGAGCUAAGGUUAGGAGGCGGUACGAGAAAGAUUAG